CUUCCAAAUUCCCAGCAAACACCCCGGAAAGUAGCCCAAAGAAUGGCCACCGCAGACCCUGUCCCCGCCCUCCGCAAGGUCCUCGGUGAUGACAAUCAGGAAAAUCUUGCCCUUCGAUUCCGUGCCCUCUUUUCACUCAAGCACCUCGCUCGCAACGGUAGCAAACCAGCGAUAGAAGCAAUCGCAAACGCCUUCAGCAGCAAAUCCGCCCUCCUAAAACAUGAGCUCGCCUAUUGUCUCGGCCAAUCAGCGGAUUCUUACGCCGCACAGUUUCUACAGUCCAUCUUAGACACCAAAUCCGAAGACCCAAUGGUCCGCCAUGAGGCAGCUGAAGCCCUGGGUGCCCUCGCACAUGCUGAGUCACUCCCACUACUGGAAAAAUACUUGAACGAUCCGGAGGAGGUAGUACGGCAGACUUGCGAACUUUCAAUCGCAAGAAUUAACUGGGUAUCUUCGCAGAAGGACGGGGAGGGAGGUAGCAAGGACGGCAGUGGUCAGGAAGGGGGUUUAUUUGCGGGAGUGGUCGAUCCAGCGCCACCAGCAGGGGGCGGUAACGUGGAGGAAUUGCAAAGGACAUUGAACGACCAGGGGACGGACCUGUUCGAGCGAUAUAGAGUUAUGUUCCGGUUGAGGGAUAUCGGGUCCAAAGAGGCUGUUGAUGCACUGGCGAGUGGGUUUGGAGAUCCGAGUGCUUUAUUUAGGCAUGAGAUCGCAUUCGUAUUCGGCCAAUUAUCAGAUCCACACAGUAUCCCGGCCCUGAUCAAAGUCGCCGGAAAUAAAGAAGAAGCACCAAUGGUCAGGCACGAGGCUGUUGAAGCGCUAGGAAGCAUCGCGGACGAAAGUGUCGACGCGCUAUUGAAGGAGUAUGCUAAAGACGUCGAAGAGGUAGUCAGGGAUAGUGCUGUCGUAGCAUUAGAUAUGGCAGAGUUCGAAAGGAGUGGUGGUUUCGAGUACGCACUCAUUCCCGGCGCUGCUUAA